UACGACUACAAUUUGUGAAUGCGAAUAUGCCGGUGGUUGCGUCCACCUAGACCUCGCCAAACGCGGGUUUGGGGCGGGGUUCUGUAUGGAGAAACCGCCCAUGGAUUUAUCUGCCGCGGGCUUUCGAUAUUGAAGCCCGCCUGUGGGUUCUCGGCGGGUACCCAUUUUAUUUAUUCAUUCAUCUAUUUAUUAAUUCCUCAGGCUUUGCGCGGCCGAAGGCUGCAUGUAGCCCCCUAGCAAGUAUGUACUGGAUGCAAACUACCAUAG